GAGGUUGCAAAAAUUUGCUUCCAGUUUGACCCCGGCUUCUCCAAGCAUGUUUACUGGAUCGAGGUGAAUUAUUGUCAGCUUGGACAGAAUUCCACCACAAUUGGUUCAUUCUUUUUAAUUAUUUGAUUUAAGAUGCUUGUGUUAUUUCAGAUUUUGGUGUGUGCUCUUGGUGCAGCAGUUAUUAGUUUAAUUAUUUUACGACUUUUCCAUUGUUUUGCUAGUUUGUAGCUUGUACUUAGUAGUUUGGUUACAAACAUUUUGUUUGUUAUAGAAUAGUUUGAUUAAUAUUUUGAGAUAUAGUUGACUUGCUUUUAAUUGCCACCAAAUUGUAAUGUUCGGAAAAUGAUUAAUUUGCGUUUUAAUCUGUGGACCUAUGUUAGUCUGACCAAUGAUCUCGACUGGAUCAAUGAUGGUUGACAUGCAGAUCAACCACUCACUAGCUGGAUCACUGAACCAGUGAUUUGAAGCUUGUCCAGGUGGGAAAAGGUUUAAACAGGCAGAGCCCAGGCAACACAAGGAAGGAUGGGGUGGAAGGCAGCUGAGAAGUUAUUCAGGCACUGGAAGAUCCUCAGAGGCGACAAUGUCAUGAUCAUAAGAGGCAAGGAUAAGGGUGAGACAGGUCUCAUCAAACGUGUCAUUAGAUCUCAGAACAGAGUCAUUGUUGAAGGGAAAAAUUUGGUGAAGAAACACAUCAAACAAGGGCAAGGACAUGAGGGUGGAAUCUUUUCAAUUGAAGCUCCCCUUCAUGUUUCCAAUGUUCAGGUUCUUGACCCAGUUACUGGGAAACCAUGUAAGACCGGGUAUAAAUAUCUGGAAGACGGAACUAAAGUACGGGUCUCUAGAGGACUUGCUGCAUCUGGAGCUGUAAUUCCUCGCCCUGAAAUACUAAAAGAAAGGCGAAAACCAAGACCUAGCUUUGUUGGUCCCAAGGAUACACCAGUUGAACUAGUACUCGAAAAGACAUACGAUGCUAAAGCUGGAAUUGGCAUGCCUGAUCUCUAGGAGUCCUCGAGAAGGCAAAAUCUUUCUCUCAUCUGCAUUAUCAUCGAGGAAGUUCAGAUCGUGCUUAAUUUGCCGAAAUAUUUAGGUUCAACUCUUACAUAAUAAAUGUCAACGCUAUUACUUAAUUUUGCUAGCACAGCUGUGCUGUUAGUUAGAAUUUCACGACUGAGUGGUGCCUUUUGAAACACUUUCAAGUGUAAACUGAAAUCGUGUUGCAUUACUUGUUCUCGAUGAACACUUGACUAUGGUUAGAUGAAAGUGCCAAGAACCUGAUGGUUUAUUUAGUCU